AGAACGGCUGCUUCAUCGCCAGCUGUAUCGGUUGUCAACAGCUUCGAUACUCCAGGCAGGUGGACAUACUAAGAAUGGUAUGCAGUCUACGUCUGGACAGGGGUGGUAUGGUCCAGACUACUGAGCAGUACCAGUUCCUGUAUGCCACCCUGGCUCAGUACAGCACACAGCUGGAGAUGCAACCCGCCAGACCGCAGGAGGACCAAGGGAACCUGGAGAACCAGGGGAACAAGGAGAGCCAGGGGAGCAAGGAGAGCCAGGGGAGCAAGGAGAGCCAGGGGAGCAAGGAGAGCCAGGGGAACAAGGAGAGCCAGGGGAACAAGGAGAGCCAGGGGAACAAGGAGAGCCAGGGGAACAAGGAGAGCCAGGGGAACAAGGAGAACAAGGACAACAAGGAGAAGAAAGAGAGCAGAGGCAAGGGAGAAGACCGGGAGAACCAGGUCAUCAGGUCCAGUGCUGACAGCACAGCUUCAGAAACAGUAUGACAUCAUCGCACCACGCAGACCUCUGGAGCACUGCUCAGCGUGCGGCACAGUGAUCAGCUAUUCUACUGCCCAAGGCCCACUUCUCAUAACGUUAUCUGUUAUCAAUGUUCUUUUCUGAAGCAUACAUGAGGACAUUGGGACAAAUGUAUAUUUAUCCUCAUGGAUAUGUGUAUUAAAUUGUAAUUUGUGACAUCA